AUGGCUACAACCAUGAGCGCCCCACUCAACGCCGAGCCUGCGAACCCAGAAGCGCGUCAGCAGCAGAACCUCGCUCCAAAAUCAUAUGCAGACGCCGUGGAGGAAUCACCACCCCUCACGAAUGGCACAAAUGGAACUGGAGGUGUUAACGGAAUGAUUAGUACCAAUAAGUCGACAGAUGUUAAUGGCACCAAAGAUGAAGGCAAGCACAAGGCUUCGGUCUUGAGAAUCGUGGAUACCGGCGCUCCGGAUACAAAAGAGAACCAAACAGAGAGGCCUCAAGUGGAGAGGCAGGAGUCAAAGCAGGAGUAUUCUGCAACAGGCCUCGAUGAUACGCCACGAAGUCCUGGACGAGUCAAGCACCGGAAGGCUCCCUCGAGAAGUAGCCACGGGUCUCAAGACAGCAAUACUCCUAAGGACACGGACGUUAAGGUGAAUGGAAAUAGCAAAGUCGACACAAAGGAGAAAGAUGCUCCAGUCUUCGAGAAAGUUGAGGGCGAACAAAAUGGCAGCAAGCUCAUAAGUGUGAAGCCCGCUGGGAAUUACAAGCAACAACUCAAAACUGCUCAUAACCAGGAAAAGCCCAAGAAAGAGGAAGCUCUUGCCAGUGGGAAGAAAGCCGGACAACGGUGGGAGCGGAGUGCUAUACGUUUCGCUCCUAUGAAUGUGCCUUUACACAGAAGACUGCAGACUCUGGUUGUUCUCUUCCACACACUCUGCAUUGUCGGUUGUGUAUCGCUCUUCUUCUUUCUCUGCGCCAUACCCCUUUUCUGGCCGCUAUUGAUACCGUAUAUGAUUUAUUGUAUGACUUCGAAAGCUUCUACUUCUGGCACCUUAAGUCAUCGAUCCGAGUUUAUGCGCUUCUUACCAGUAUGGUCAUUAUUCGCAUCUUACUUCCCAGCAAGACUACACCGAACUCAAGAGCUUCCUCCGACCAGGAAAUAUAUCUUUGGCUAUCACCCGCAUGGGAUCAUCUCUAUGGGUGCUUUUGCCGCUUUUUCUACUGAAGCUUUGGGCUUCUCGCAGUUGUUUCCCGGUAUCAAGAAUACACUUCUUACUCUGGAUUCGAACUUCAGAAUUCCCAUCUAUCGCGACUAUGCGCUAGCUAUGGGUAUAGCCUCGGUCUCGAAAGAGUCUUGUGAAAAUCUCCUUUCGAAAGGGGGACCUAACAAUGAGGGAAUGGGUAGAGGCAUCACAAUUGUAGUCGGCGGAGCGAGAGAAUCUCUGGAUGCUCAACCAUACUCCUUACGAUUGGUCCUUAAACGCCGUAAGGGAUUCGUCAAGAUGGCUAUUCGAACUGGAGCAGAUCUUGUGCCUGUCCUAGCGUUUGGCGAGAAUGACCUCUACGAGCAAGUUCAAUUGGACGAGCACCCCAACAUCCAUAAAUUUCAACUACUGGUCAAGAAGAUCCUUGGGUUCACCAUUCCACUAUUCCAUGCACGAGGCAUUUUCAACUAUGAUGUUGGACUUAUGCCUUACCGACGACCCCUGAAUAUCGUUGUUGGUAAGCCAAUUCGGGUUAUGCAGUCCUCGAAGCCGGAACAGGACGAGAUCGAUAGGGUACAUGAGGAAUAUAUCCAAGAACUAGAGAGGAUAUGGGAGACGUGGAAAGAUAAGUUUGCUCCAGACCGUAAGGAGGACUUACAGUUCGUGGAGUAA